AUGCUGGUACUAUUUGAAAUGCCGGCGGGUUUUGCUCUUUCCAAAUUUCUCAAUGAAGGAAAGCUUUAUGAAAUUCAGGAUUUAUCUCUGGUUUUUUCCAGUGCUGAUGCUGCAAGAAAGGUGGUCACGUUGAAAGUGUUUCCUAAGUUUGAGAAUACAAUAGAAUCUCUUGAGGCAGCUAGCUGUUUGAUUGAUGGAAAAUCUAGCACACGUCUACGCAAGUUCCUGCACGCUCAUUGUGACAAUGAGAUAUUAGUUGUAGCUGAUUCAAAGAUGGGGUAUAUUAUUAAGGUAAAAUUGAAAAUUGAUUGUGUUCACAAAAAUGCUGCUAUAGAGCUAAUGCGAGGUGUUCGAUAUCGAUAUCAGCUGACAAAACUCAUAUCAGGUUUGGUUGUUCAAGACAUGGCUCCAAUGAGCUUAGGUCUGUAUCAUAGUCUAUCAAGAUACAAAUUGAAAUUUAGUGGAGACAAGAUGGAUACCAUGAUCGUCCAGGCUAUUGGUUUACUUGAUAAUCUUGAUAAAGAGUUGAAUACGUAUGCCAUGAGGGUCCGAGAAUGGUAUGGUUUACAUUUUCUAGAACUUACCAAAAUAAUUCAGGAUGACACCGAUUUUGCAAAAUCAACAUUCAAAAUAUUACAUCCACCCAAAGCACCGCCACCGAAACCACCAUAUUUUAUUUUUGACUAUGCCAAUUGCAUCAUACCUCCACCACCCCCUACCAUGGUUCUCAAUUUUUUCAAUUCAAUACUCCUUCUCGGCCAACUCAACCAAGUCGUAGUUAUUGCCAUUAGUUGCAAUUCAUGCUCUUACGUUUACGGUUCAUCUUCUAACAAGAACCACACUUCCACUAACGAUACAAUGCCUGCAUUUUAUUCCAAUCUUCUUCACAAUCUUGACAAAUUUAUCGGUAACCAUAAGCAAUUAACGAUAGCUCAUGAACCUGGAACCGUUCCGUCUUCACUCUUAUUUGGAUCAUUUUCCAAGGCCCUCUACUAUAGACGAAGAACUUUUUGUUUAGGACCAAUGUAUCCUCAGCCUUGGAUUCUAUGUCUGCAAGGAUCUCUGAUGGGCCUGAACAAUACAUGGCAAUCAUGA